AUGGACUCGGCCAAACUUCUCAAACCGUCUGAGGGAGAGUUACCAGAGGCCACCGUGCGCGAUUCAGCCCAAGAAGUGGAAACUGGCUCCUUACGACGUGUUGGAGUAUGGCUAUCCGACCGAGUGACUGCCCUCGAUGCAGCCGAUCCCAAAGAACAGUCGCACACGGUGUGGAACUGCUCAGCAA